CGAAUCAAUUAGAUGAUCCAUAUCAAUCUCAACAAACUUGGCCUUACAUCAAUAAAACAUCCAAACAUCAAGAAAGAUAUUUUGAUAGUUCUUUUUUUUUACCGACAUAUAUAGAAACUAUUCCUACAACAUACAGUAGACCUCUUGUACAUCAAUAUGAAAGAGAGAGACAGUAUCCUCCUUAUCCAGUUUUUGGAAAUGCGGACUUCGUAGAUGUUGAAACUAGUCAAAACUUAGGAUAUGGUUAUACUUCAAAUUCAAAUUAUGGAGGUUGGUCAAAUGCCGGUCUCGCAAAUUUUAGUAACACUAACAGUCUAUCACCAAAGAUUAGAGUUAUUUUUAUACCACCAUAUGCAUCAUCUCUGGCACAGACAUGUACAGGUCCAUUGAAUAUACCACCAUUUCUUUUCAAUCAUAUAGCACAACCUUUGUGUUCAUUACCAUUACCACCACCUUUACCACAAAUAUCAUCAUUACCACUUACACCUGCUGUUCAACAAAGGGUCAUACAACAAUAUUCUAAUCCAGUUGCAACAUUUCCUUUUACUCCAAACUGGCAAGCACCUCAAUCAAUUGCAUCAGCUUAUCCACCAAUUUUACAACAACCAUCAAUAAUGCCAAUGCCAUAUUGUCAAGCACCUCCAUCAUUUGCAUUUACUUGUCCACCACUUUUACCACAACCACCAGCGAUGCCGAUGCCAUCUUGUCAAGCACCUCAAUAUGCUUCACAACCAAACAGUAUACCAAUGUUAUCAUCAAAUACAUCACCUUUAUUACCAUAUUCUAAUCCAGUAUCAUCCGUUCCUCAACUACCAAACAAUAACUAUUCCAAUAUAUGUCGUGCAUGUGUACCACCACCUCCACUAAAUGUAACAGUUACAGAUCAUUCUAAGUUUCAAAAAUGUUCUACUUGUCAUCACAUUCCUACUGAUGGUUCGAAUCCGAAUGUUCAACUUAGUAAUGAUCGAAGUACACAACUACUUCAUCAUCCAAUAAUACAACAACACUAUCCUCGUACCAACAUACAUAUGACUGAAUUUACAUGGCCACAUAAAUUACCACUACUUCCACCUGGUGCUGUUAUUAUUUCUGAUGAAUAUAUUAAAAAGCGCGACAGAUCAUAUCAUAGCUAUUUUUACUCAAAAAGGAAAUAUCCACAACAUGGACAGGAUACAAUGAAAACUGCUGUUGAAUCAGACAAAUCAGCAAUUAUGAAUAAAACUAAUCAUAGAAAACAAUCAAACGAUAAGGCAUCUCAGAGUUUUAAUAGCAGUGCCAGUAGCCACAACUUGCUGUUCAAAUCCGCCAGUAGAAGAUCAUUGCCUUCUCUCUAUAGUUGGACGCCACGCGGUUCACGUCAGCCAACAGAACAUUACUGUCAUGAAUCAUCAAUAUGUCAUCCAUGUACUUCGUCAAAAUAUUCUUCAGAUAACGCAUUAAUGGGCAAGUCUAACAAAUAUCAAAUAGAUGUUACUGAUUCAUAUAAAAGAAAACGAAAUAUUGAUCAUAAUAAACUACUUAAUGGAACACCCACUCGCAAAAUUCGUAUUAUAUACGAACCUUCUAUCUCACAUUGGAUUGCUGAGGUGAAUCAUCAAUUAAAAUCAAAUGAUAAUAAUUCAAAUUCGUUGUCGGUUUCUCCUGCAAUAUCAAACAUUCAUCCAAUAUUCUCAAACAAAAAUAAUCCAAUUAAACAGACAUCACCAGCUUAUAAGAUGUUCCCACUGCUAGAAGAACAAGAAGAAGAAGAGGAAGAAGAAAAUAAGAAAUCUAUUCGUGCUUCUUCUUCAAGUUCAUUGGAAUCCAAACAGUCGACAAAGAACUCAUCUACAAGAAGUACCUGUGAUGUAUCAUACAGUAGUAUUGUCAAUAAUAAAAAAAUGGAUCCAGUUUCUACAACAAGUACAUCGACGGAUAAUAGUAACUUCAAACAAAUAAGACUUUUAUAUUAA